GGUUCAUAACAUUGUGACUGUGAACGCUUUGAUGCUUGGCUAUGCAGAGAAUGGAGAAGGAGGCAGAGCUUUCGAGAUCUUUAUGGACAUUAAGGAACGGUGCACUGGACAGGACUAUCUAACUUUCCUGGCGGCAAUCAAGGCCUGUGCAAGCCUUGCGACGAGAGAAGUUGGAACUCACGUCGAUGGGAAGCUCUUGAAAGUGGAUUCGCUGGAAAAGGGAACUCCAUGCUGGAUAUGUACACGAAGUGCGGGAGCCUGGUGGAUGCUCGCAGGCUGUUCGAGAGGACUUUUAUCCGCGAUGAUGUUGUGUUGUGGAACACCUUGAUUCUUGGGUACGUUGAGAGUGGAGAAGCGCAAAUCGCUUUGACAUUGUUUGAUCGGAUGACUUCAGAAGGCUGCUCGCCAGAUGCUAGAACGUUCAUGGUUGCUUUCAAGGCGUGCACUUGUCGCUCGGAGAAAGAAGAAGGCAAGCGAGUUUGCGGCAAGACCGUCAAGCUUGAGACCAUGAGAAAGGCUAUGGAAAUUCACUCUCAAGCGGCGAAGUGUGGCUAUGACUCGGACCUUUUCGUGGCAACUACGAUGAUCGACAUGUACGCCAAAUCUGGGAGCUUGAAAGAUGCUGAGAAGGUUUUCCAGGAGAUGAAGAACCGUGACGUCGUCGCCUGGACUACGAUGGUUCUUGCCUAUGCCGAACAAGAUGCAAGUAAGCACUUGGCUUUAGAGUUGCUCGACCGCAUGCAACGCGAAGGCUGUGCCCCGAUCUCUCUUACUUACGUUGCUGCUUUGAAGGCCUGCGCGAGCCUGGCGAUGGAAGAGGAGGGCGAGAAAAUUAAUGGAAAGGUCGUGAAGGUGCUCUCGUUGGAGCGAGGAGCUGCCAUUCACUCAAAAGCCGAGGAACAAGGAUUUGAUUUGGACCUCCUUGUGAUGAACGCGGCGGUGGACAUGUACUCCAAGUGUGGUAGCAUGGUCGACGCUGGAAAAACUUUUGACCGCAUGGUUCUUCGCAGCGUGACUUCCUGGAACACUUUGAUGAUGGGCGUGACGGCCCGGCUCCAAAUCCUGGAACUUUUGUGGCUGCUCUCAAGGCCUCUGCGAAUCUGUCAGCGCUGCAAAGUGGACGGCAACUUCACAGAGAAAUCUGCCGCUACGGUCACGAGUUCCAUGAGAUCGUCGCAAAUUCUGUGGUGGAUGUUUACGGCAAGUGUGGAAGCAUGACUCGAGCUCACCAGCAGGUUACAGCCGCGAGGGGAACACCGAGCUCGUGUUCUCCCAGUUCCACAAAUUGGAAGACGAAGGCCGCCUCAAACCAAACGUGGUGACCUUCGUUUCCCUCCUCGCGGCUUGCAGCCACGCCGGGCUGGUCGAUCGAGGCAAGAGGCUUUUCCAGUCGAUGGUGUCCAGGUAUGAGAUCGAUCCAGUGCUGGAACACUACCACUGUUUGGUGGAUUCUCUAGGCCGUGGGAAUCAGCUGGAAGAAGCGAUGAAGAUCGUGGAGACGAUGCCUUUCUCGCCGAAUGAUGUCACCUGGAGGACAGUGCUGGGCGCGUCGAGGAAGUGGAGCAACGAUCGAGUGGCAAAACAAGCAUUUGAUUCGCUGGCAGGCUUGAUAGGUUCAUUGGGACAAUGAAGAACAAAACGUAAUCUCCUAUGAAUCACUGUUCUUGGCGCCA